GUCCGCACAUGCUCAGUCAGCACCACCUAGUGGUGAGCGGGGACGAGCGCGGAGCGUGCACGUCUACAGAGAUGCCGGGGAUGCUGGCUGCGCUCUCAUUGUCCCUGAGAAUUAGAUCUACAAUGUAACGGUGUCACGCCUAGCAGAUGUGAGCGAUACUUUAUUAUUGUGUGCUCCUCUCCAUGCCGGGGAUGGACGGCUGAGCUCGGAGGAUACUGUCAUUGUUGGGUUGGACUGAACUCGGGAAGUUGGGUGGACUCCGGGCAGAAGAGGACAUGGAUCUCCUUCUCCACCCGGCGCCUCCGAGCCCGUCCGGGAAAUAGAGUUCCAGGAACCGUCACUUCAUCCUGAAAGCGGCACAUCUCUCCUUGCCUGCAGAUCAGGCUUUCAGGCAGAGAUGACAGCCACAGCUACCCAAAAGUGCCUGAAGAAUGAUAAGGUGGAUGAAGCCCAAGCUCUGGCCAGGAGCUGUGCCGGAAGACCAGAUUUCAAGCCUUGUGACGGACUAUCCAUCUGUGCCACCCACAGUCACGGCAAGUGCUUCAGACUCCAUUGGUGCUGUCACUUGGGCUGGUGCCACUGCAAAUAUGUAUACCAACCUAUGACUCCAGUGGAGCAGCUUCCAAGCACACAAAUUCCAGUGGAGCCUCAAGAACAUACCGACACAAUCCAGAUCUCUGUCUCGCUGGCCGAGCAGUUCCUCAAGGUAGCUUCUUCCUUCCAGCCUCCAUUCAUUCCGGAAUCUCCACGCUACUGUACAAUUUCUGACCUCUUCCUGGAUAAUUAUCAGGUAAAGUGUAUCAAUGGAAAGAUGUGCUAUGUGCAGCGCCAACAGCCACUGCCACCACCACCACCUGCACAGCCAUGUGUUAGGUCAAGGCCUGAAAGAGAGUUUCUACAGGAAGUUUACACACCAAAAGACACCACGGAGGGACCAAAAAUAGAUCAUUGCUCUUCUCCUUCCAACUCUGAGGACUCUGGGAUCAAUGCAGUAGGAGUCCCCUACUUAGAGUCAUGUGAUGAGGACACAGAAGAAGGGGCAGAACUCAGUUCCGAAGAGGACUGCAGCCCAGAUGGUUGCUGGGGUCAGGAGCCUUCUCCAUUGGUGUCUCCUUCGAAGACUGAUCUGGAGAUCAUAGAAACUAUAGAGACUACAGUCUAACGUUUCAUGGAAGGAUGUCACAGGUCAACUGUUAAGCACAUAUAGGCAGUGGAUAGCUGCCAAGGGACAGAGCAAUACAGUCAUAUUGCACAUUUACCUACAAAUAUCGAUACGUUUCCAGGAAUGUGUAAUCAGUUUAUGGGUCAGCUAUCCAUUGUACCCUGGGUAAUUGAAAGUGUUUUUUUUUUUUGGGCUAGAGCCAGUCAGUAGUUUUUAAAUCUCUUGCAUAAGAAUCAAGUUUUAUAUUCAUUAAGGCAUAUUCCAUUGUGUGUUUCCAGUCUGGUUUGUGUUUUCAGAAGAUGCAGUCUAAAAGAUUUAUUAAACAAUGAUUAGACAACUCUCCAUAUAUCAUGAUAUUCCUAUAGCGAUAUAAGCUGUUUAUGGUUAACUUAUACAGAGAAGUUAAAAAAUCAUUCACAGUAUGUAACCAACAGAACCAUCAUAAUAUGAAUAUGUGCUGGUCACAACAUGGGGCCUUUUUAUAGAAUAUGCUGCAAUGAAUAUAAAAACAGUAAUGUAUAGCAUUGUUGAGUUACUUAGCUGUCUCGUGAGCUUCAUUUUUGAUAGAAGCAUCACUGUUACUAUUUAAUGUCACACAUUCCUCAACUAUCAGUCAGGAGAACAAUUUGAAAAUACAGUAUUAAGAACUGUAUGAUCCAAUACUCAGUAUUUUUACUCAAACGCCUGCAAGGCAUAGCGAUGUACAUACAGAACAUGUCACUAGAUGUUCACAGAAACUUUGGUUAAAUCACAAGUUCAAAGCAUUAGUAAGCCUAUGGUAUUUGUAUUCUCCUCAGCAAGCCUUACUUGAAGCCUGUGCUGUGGUACCUCCCUUGUUUUCUUUGUUGCCAUAAGCAUGUUGCCUACCAUCAAAAGGCUCAUAGCUCCUUGAGAAGCUACCUGAUUUUCAUUGAUGAGAAACGCAUGCUGCUAUAAGCAUCUCUCUGACUCAAUGAACUUAUGGUGCUUUGGGCAGAUCUUUAAGAGACAUUUGUAGUAACGUAGUGCGGGUUCAGGAUGCUAUCAGAAACCACAUUAUCACUCUUACCCGUAUUUUUACUCCAGUGAUAGUUCACUUUUGUAUUAUAUUUUAACACAAUGUUCAUGCUAAAAUGCCCUUUUGCUGCUAUUACCGUUUGUGGUGCUGAAGAAAUGCUUUUAACAAAGCAAAGGGGCAUAUCCUCACUAAGCCAUGACUAAAGGUUGCCCUCCAAAAACAAAAGAUAGGGUAAACAUAAUGGAAUCAGACCUAAGCGAGAUACUAGGAAAACCAAUUUUAUUAUUUUGGGCAUAUGGCCAUAGUAUAUUUAAUGCAGUGACCGUGUACAGCAGUAUAUACCUUAUUACCUUAUUAUUCAAUUGUACAAUAUAUAGCUUGCCUCCUCAGUCAUGAAAUUGCUACAUUUUUAAAUCGAUAUGUUGGCUGUUUUAAAUUGGCUUCUAGCCUAUGAUAAAAAGAACUCGACUACAUUUAUUUAUCCUGUUAACACUCCUUUCGAUAACCCACUUCAAACUGAAUUGUUUCACAUCUCAAUGAUGUCCGGAUAAAUAGACUUGACACCU